AUGUCGAUUGCACCACCGACCAUUGAUCGGCUUCCACGAGAUCCGCUGUGUAAACUGUUCAUUGUGUUGCCCAAAGAGAAACAUAUUGAAGAAAGUCACGUUUCAACGAAGAUGAACAAUCUGAACAAAUCCAAAGAGCCUCCCAAGGGAGAUAUAAUAGUGGAAGUUGGAGAGACAUGUAGGUCAUGUCCUAAUAAACAUCACAGUCCACUACACAAUGUUCAAAGAAACUUUUCAUGUGAUGAUAAAUUACGAGCCAAAGGUGUCCAACUCUAUCAAGCUGCUCUGAAAGGAGAUUGGAAGGCAGCCAAUGGUAUAAUCAUUGAACAAAAAUAUAUUAUCUAUCAAAAAAUCACCAGUAAAUCGGAGACUGUUCUUCACAUCGCUGUUGCUGCAAAGCACGAGGGGUUUGUAAGAAAUCUACUUGGAAGCUUGGAGUCAAAUGACUUGGCCUUGCGAAACGUGGACGGCAACACAGCCUUAUGUUUUGCUGCUGCAUCGGGAGUCGUUGAGAUUGCUAAAAUGCUGAUCGAGAAGAAUAAAGAUCUUCCGAUGAUUCGUGGAGGUGGAAAAACGACUCCAAUCCACAUGGCAGCCUUAUUCGGUCAUGGAGAAAUGGUUAAAUACCUUUACAAGAAUACACGCUUUAGAGAAUUCAAUGAUGAAGAGUUUGUAAAUCUCUUUCAUGCUGUGAUAUCAGCUGAUAUCUAUGUGAGGUCUAUUCACAGAUGUAGCUCUGGAGAUGUUAGAGAACGAGGGAAGGAAAAAAGUACUAGCCCUUUGGACAAAUAUAAACAAAGAGACAGCCUUGCACUUGAUGGCUCGCAAGCCUUCUGCAGUUGGCCGUAG